AUGGCGGUCCCUGUCGUGCUCUUAUCCGUAAUUCUUGCUUGUUUCAUGGCUUCAGCAUCAGCAAAUGUGUGGCCCCUAAGCAUUGACUGCGGAUCGAACAAAACGUCGGUCGACGCCAACGGACUCAAGUGGGUCGGCGACGCCGGCUUCAUCCAAUCCGGGCAGAGCACCGCCGUCCAGAACGACUCCUCAUUCCUCCCUCCCUACAACACCCUCCGCUACUUCCCCACCGGAAAGAGGAACUGCUACACCGUCUCCGGCAUACCCCUGGGCAGCAAGAUACUGCUCCGGGCGAUCUUUAACUACGGCAACUACGACGGCCUGGAGUCGCCGCCAACCUUCGAUCUCCAGUUCGACGGAAACCGCUGGACGGAGGUAGUGAUCGACGACAGCGGUUUCUUCAAGGCGGAGAUGAUGUAUGUGACCAGGGUGGAGAACGUCAGCGUGUGUGUGGCUCGGACGAAGGGCGGGAACGGCGUCCCCUUCAUGUCUUCUUUGGAGGUAAGGCUUCUGCAACGCAAUAUGUACGCACAGAUGGACCCGAAUUAUGCUCUUUUGGUGUUCAACAGACUCGCCUUUGGAGCGCCUUCUCUUGUAAGGUAUCCGGAUGACAGCUACGACCGCCUGUGGUUUCCGUUUCUCCCCAAGAACGGCCAAGUGAUGACUAAAAUAGUUAACAACACGGCGACAAGCUUCGCAACUAACGUGCCUGACUACCCGCCGCCGGCGGUGCUCAGCCAUGCAAUAACUCCGGCAAGCAAUUCCGGCAACUCGCAGCUCCCGUUGACCAGCUUCCUUGAUGCCUCCACCCCGGAAACUCUUCCCUAUUACUUGAACCUCUACUACUCUGAGGUCACUCAGAGCAACAGCAACCGCUCAUUUUUUGUGUACUUGGACAAGGGAAGCAUCUCCGGAACCAUCGUCCCUCCGUAUGGGUCCUUUCAUGAGUUCACUUGUCCAAACUGCAGCUUCUCUCCAACCUCCAACCUCGCUUUGGUCCCUACUCAAAACUCCACACUUCCUCCUAUUGUGAAUGCAAUGGAGCUCUUCAAAUUCAGUGAUGCACUAGUCAAUGGAACAUCUGCAGCCGAUGUAACUGCGUUGAAGCUGAUACAGAGCUCCUACGGGCAACUGCAGGCAUGGAGUGGGGAUCCUUGCCUUCCAUUGGGAUAUAACUGGGAAUGGAUCAAUUGCAGUGACAGCCAACCGCCUCGAGUUACUGCACUGUAUAUGCAAGGAAUGGAACUAACUGGAACACUUCCCGACUUCAGUGCCUUAACCUCACUUGAGGCCAUGAACUUGGCGAACAAUGACUUCAGUGGAAUCAUUCCACCCUCAUUGAAUAGACCAAACUUAAAUUUCGAGUGA